GAGAGACCUCCGACGAUAGAGCGGAAGCGCGCUAGAGAGGCCGGGGAGAGGCGGAAGUGACGCUUCCGGUUGCCGCGGCGAUCGCGCGCCCGGUGCUCGCUAGCGUGGGGCCGGUGGCGGCGGCGGCGUGGUGAUGCUUGCGGGCUGGGCCCCGCCAGGCGCUGCGGAUUGCUGCCGCCGCUUCCUGGCGGCGGCCCUGGCUGCGGGGCUGCGGCCGCUGCUAUGCGGGCUGCCGCCCUGCUGGGUGACGGCGAGGCGGGCGGCCGGGCAGUGGCCGAGCCCGGGCCUGUGGGUGCCGGAGGCGGCUGAGACGGAACGGCUGGUGCAGCAAGCGCAGCGGGUGCAGCGGACUGGCGUGCCGCUCCGCCGCUUCAUCGUCUGCCCGCAGCUGGCCCGUACCGUGCAGCGCUGCCUGCAGGACGGAACCCGCCCCGGCCCCCAGCCCGUCCUGCUCGAGUGCGCGCCCGGUCCUGGAAUCUUGACCCGAACUCUGCUCAAUGCAGGUGUUAGAGUGGUAGCUCUAGAAAGUAACUCAGCUUUUCUUCCAAACUUACAGUCCCUAGAGAAUAGCCUGGAUGGACAAUUAAAGGUAAUUUACGGUGACUUCUUCAGACUGGAUCCUUUGGUGACUGGAACGCUGAAACCACCUGCUAUGUAUUCUGACAAACUUUUUGAAACCAUGGGUGUAGCAGCAGUUCCUUGGAGGGCAGAUGUACCUGUGAAAAUUUUUGGAAUCUUACCACAGAAAAAGGAAAGAAACACACUUUGGAGGCUUCUUUUUGCUCUGUAUGAAUGCAGUUCCAUAUACAGAUAUGGAAGAGUAGAACUCAACAUCUUUAUAAGUGAAAAAGAGUACAAGGUAUUAACAGCAAAGCCUGGGGAAACGAGGGCUUACCAAGCACUUACUGUACUUUGGCAAGUAGGAUGUGAAAUUCAGCUACUGCACAUGGAACCUUGGUCAUCAUUUGUAACUAAUUUGAAAAAUGGGGGACUGGCGGUACCAAAAAGCACGUGGCUGCCAAAUGACCAUUUAUGUUUGGUACGACUAACUCCUCAACAAAAUCUAUUUACAGGAGGCUUGAAGCCCACAAAUUCAGCUACUUUUAUUUUCAUGGUGAAACAGUGUCUUGCUAAACCCAAGUCUAGACUUACUGAUAGAUUAAAUUCGUGGAGCUUGGACAAUGGUGGCAAAUUAUUGAGAGAACUAGAAAUUCCAAGAAAUGCUGAAGCACGUAACUUAUACCCAGAAGACUAUAGGCGUCUUUUUGAGGCUUUGCAAAACUCUAGUAUGUUUACUGAAACCUGGUUCCAUGAUGACGUCUUGGAAAGUAUAAGGCACAUAAACUUAUAAAUCUAAAGCUGCUGUCUUUUGGAAGAUCACCUUUGCUUCUGGAAGAUUACUUUGAUAAGAAAUGAUUUAAAUAAAAUCGGAGAUAUUGUUAGCUAGAUGAUUUCCUGUCCAAACAGGAAAAUAAAUUUAGCAAGUUACAAGAUCCCUUCUACACAGGAUGAAAGUAAUGGAUUCACAGUUAGUUGAUCACAAUCCUAUCUAGAAUGGACAAACUUUGCAUCUUUUCCAGGAGCAUAUUAGUGACCUGCUGCUUUUGGAUGUACCACUUAAAUGGAACUUCUUGUUAAACUGCUGUAUAUUUACAACAUUUAAAAAGUAUCAGACCAAAUAUCAUUAUUUGUGGUUUGUAUUUUGGUGCUCAGAGAUUUGAAUGCCCUUUCACAGAUUCCUAAAACACACAGGUCUUUACAACCUCUGAAUCUGUUACAUUGUCUCCUGAUCUAAGAAUCUUGCUGUCUAAAGUAAACAUAAUAUCAAUAAAUCAAUAGUGGUGGGCUAACAGAAGACAAGGUAAUGACAGCGUGAUAAAACAUCAGCUGAGAGUUUGGGUUUUUUUUAACUAAAGAUUAUAUCUCUGGAGUAAAAAGUUGUAACAAUUCUUUCUUUUGAAAUUUUGAAAAGAACACUGGGCAGCCUGUUCUGGUUUACAAUACGCAUAUAUAACACCUAUAUGCAUAUAGGCUUUAUCUUAUUUUAAGUAAAAAAAAAAAAAAUACCACCAGAACAUUCAGUGCUGUAUAAACAUUUUUGGGGGGGAAAAAAAAUCUUACCUGCAACCUUUGUCAAUAUGUAUUUGUUUAAUAUGUCUUACAUGUACAUAAAACCUUACUUUAAAACCAUAUGCUAUUAAAAUUUUUUGAGCCGUAGUCCUUGAUAAUGCAACCUGUUCCUAGUUUCUCUUCCUGUUCUACCAUAUAACCGUUCUGGUUUUGUCUGAUAGUGCUGGCAGGCUGUACUGGCUCUGUGUUCUAUACUGUCUACUCUGGGAAGAGCUGUGGCCAAAAAGAUGCUUUUUUAGCAGAGUACGAGUUAAUGAAGUGCCCUUUUGGUAAACGCUGAACUAUUUUCAGGCUUUGGAAAACAGCAGAGACCAAAACAACACAAACACAGAAUUGUAUUUCUUAAGCAUAGUGUGAUAGAUGUGAGAAGCGUUCAUCUCUGUCUUCCUGCUAUUCCUGCUGCAGAAGGAAAAUUGACUUCAGGCAGCCUCAGUUCACUCUGCUGCCUGGGCUGUGGUGCUCUCUUUAAGCUGCCAAUAAGCCUUUGUAAUGCUGUUAUUAUGAAACCACUGGAAAGGCUGAUGUUUAAUUUGCAAUCUGUCUCAAGAAUGUGUUACUGCUGUUCUGGUGUAAGUCUUGAAGAUUUGAAGCUUUGUUUCUGUUUACAUCUCUUACUAUUUCAGAUAACUUACGUUAUAAAUUGACCAUGAAUGGCAAGCUUGUAUUAACAGAAGCAAAUCCACCUAUUUUCAGCCUCAAUAGAUGGUAACUGUCUUAUCUACUGGUUUAAAACAAUGCAGUGUCUCUUGGCUUGAUUUUUUUUCCUCCCCCCCACCUCCCCAAAUCAAAAUACCUUGCUCUUGUUGCAGCAAGAUGUCUUCUAUCAACAUACCAGGAGAAGUAUUCAAUGCAUAAAAUGUAAGACCACCACUGGCUAUAUAAAUUUCUUUAACUGUGUUGCUGGUAACAUUUCAAACAUGAAAUGGUAAAAAAGAAAAUUAUUUGCUGUGAUUUUUUUUUUUUGAUGCUCUUGGAAAACAGCAUUUACUGAGCCAAUGCAGAGACUCACAAGAUAAAAGCAGCAGUUUGUAAGUGGAAGGAAUAUUGCAUAACUGAGGACUCGAAAUGAGGAGAUUUAGGGCUAACCAGAACUCUGCCAUUAAGUCUAACCAAUAUGUUUAGGCCUGAUCACAAAUGUGAAAUGAAAAAAACAAUGGCUGUCAUUAUAAAAGUCGGUUUGGUAUUGAUGGAAGAGAUGGAAAAAAGUGAAAAUUACUGGUGCACGUGUAUGAAUAAAGGUGAGUGAAACUGAAGUAGGUCCACGGAUUCAUUGAUGCUGUGUCCACUUGGUACUUCCUACUGUUGUAGGUUUACAGCUUCUGUAGGAUAACGCUGAAUGCAAACUUUCACUGAAAUUUUAAAUUGUAUAUAAAGACUUCUUAGGCACUUUUGUUACGAUUUUUUUAACCGAGGCUGUACUACUUGUGUUCCUUUCCAUUGCAUAUCUGCCUCUGCCAUAUUCCUUGAUAUGUUGAUGGAAAAUUGAGCCAACAUCUCUUCAGUUAUUUUUGAUUCAUGUAAAUGCAAAGACAAAACUUGCAACUAGGAGAACAGUAUAUAAAUAUAAGUUAAUAUUUACAUUUUAAUUGCCCUCCAAAAUACUAUUCAAAGAGAAAAUAAAACUGCAAAUUCACUCAAAAUUUAAAAUGUUAGAUUUAAAAUGUUUUCGGAAGAGAUCUUCAUGCUAACUUUGAGACUAAAAGGUUUACAGGAACUACUUUUCUAUCAUGGUGGGAUACAAUUUCCCAUUUCUGAAAGUGCAUUAAUUUGCAAGUUACUGUGCCAGAUACAGUAAACAAUAAAAAGUAUUUUAAAAUUAGCACCAUCACUUGAAAAUAUAGCAGAAUUCAGUUGGUUUUUACACAGUUUUUUGUUACAACACUUUUUAUAUAUAAGGUAUAAAGUAAUAGAAUUUUAAAAUUACAUUAAUUAGCUGCAAGCUUUUGGGCAGAUUUAUUUAUUCCUAUGUUUUCCUCUCUUUGAAUUUGUGAUCUUGGAUGAGUUGAAGGUGACAACAUACAUGCAGUGUACUUAAUAGAAAGUCCACAGUAUAGCACGUUCCUUUCAAUUAUUUCCAGACUCUGCGGGGGUUUAUUUUAUUAUUUUUGUUCCCCCCAAGACAGAUUUAAUUCAUGAACCUCUAAAACAUGAACUACACGUGAUAAUCUCUCAAGUAGAACUGUGAAGGAUUGCUUCCACUCUUCAAAUACUGUUUCUUAGAGGAGUUGCCAAGAACAUGGCUUUGGGCGUGCCGUAUUAAAUGCCAAUAUAUCGUAGUUUGUAUAUUGAUUGUAACUUCAGAGGUGCUAAGUCUUUUCUAAUGGCCCUUGUCAUUUGUGCUAUCCAUCUGCCUGUAGAAGAAAAUUACAUGACUGUGAUGGCAAUUGCCUAAAUUUUACUACUUAACUGUAUUGAAAUCAUAGCAAACAAAUGCAAACAGAGAGAAACUUGGUCCUUAUGAUGCCCAGUUAAUGAGAAAUUUUGCCCUUGGAAUUAGAUCAAUCGAAUUGGAUUCUAUAGUUAGUAGUUUGCUUUUGAUCCAGAAGAAGGGUUUGUGACCUUGUACUAAUUUACACAGUAGAUGAUGGGAUAAGGGGUUGUUAAGGUGGAAUGUGUACAUACCGGCUACUAGGAAUGUUCAGCAUGGGACAUUUUAAUAAUUACAGCUUAGCCUUGCAGGUAAUAACGAUAGUGUUCAUAGAAAUAUCAAUAUAAAACUUGAGAAACAUAUUGUGCGGUGUAGUUUAAGAUGUGUGAGCGUGAUAGGAAGAACCUGAGGCUUCCUGAGAAACACGUUGAAUUAAUUGUUCUGGCAGGCUAAACGCAAUCUGUGGGGCUGUAGAUUGAAAACUCCAAUCUAAGCUUUGCAAGCCUUUAAUUAGCAAAGCCGUACCUUUCUUCUGUAAAUAUUAAGAAAAUGGAAAUAACAAGUAACUUUUCCAGAAAGGGCAACUAGUCAGUGGGAGAUGUUUGUUCACUUGCAUUGUGUCCUUGCUCAAUAGCUGUUGCGUCUUUCCUCGUGUAUGCUGUUUAACAUGUCACUGCUGAAAACAGACACACGGGCUGUCCCCAGCUGAUAGAACACAACACGCAGCAAGCAUCCAAAGCCCAAGGGAAAUUAGGGGUAGUUAAGAUACACCAAAUGGAACAGUCAAUUACUCAUAAUGUAAGCAAGACUUUAACACUUGAUGUAGUUGGUCCUAGUGAUAAGACACCAAAUAGACCUACAACAUGACCUGUUUACCUAAAACUUUAUUUGUACAGAGUUUGGUAUGAUUCAUACAUUUGAAUGUGUCUUAAGGAGUUGGGUUUGGGGUUUUUUGGGUGCUUUUUUCCUCAGGAUGGCUGCUCUUAAUGUUUUUCUACAGGAUUAAUUUUGUCUUGGUCUCGUUGCUUCUGGGGUCUUAUUUCUAUAGUGAUGGCAAAUAUGGUGAUCUGAUACCACCACUAGGUGUUCCCCUGCUUUCAGAUGCAGACUGUAGUAGACAUAUGCGAAGACUUUUAUUUCUUUGCCACAGAAUCACAUUCUGAAGGUAUGAGAAGCCUUCAGCCAGUUUGACUUGGCAAUGAUUUAGUUUGAUUUUAUGCAGAUCUGCGCUCAAUCUGCAAACUGACAUAGGAGUAGUUGUCCAUGAGUAGCAUUACUGCUUAAAUUAGAAAAAUCUGAUUUUAAGAAAAGCAGGAAACAAAGGCAUGUCACGCUGUGUGUGCAGGUUUUUGGAAGCCUUUGCUAAUAAAAUUCAAUACUUUCUGCCAGAAAUUGUUUGCAAGAGAAAACAACUUUAAGAACUGUUUGACUCAUGCCACUGUAAAAAUGUGAGAUUAUAAUUUUUUGUGUAAUUAUGCCUUGGGAUUUUUUUCCCAUAUAAAGUACACUUAAAGCUCCUGUCUUUCAGCUAAGAAAUUAUGCUGACGAACUUCAGAAGCUUGUUUCUGCCAUCUAAAGGAAAUUAAUGUGUUUGAGGCAGGGAAGACUCAAAAGUAGAAAGUUUUUGUAAAGUUUGUAGUAAAAUAUCAAUAUGAAAAAUCUAUAUGACUGUGAAAUUUAUUAAAAAUUUGUGCUUAAAAUGCUUCUGCA